AUGAAUGCUCUGACUGCUUUCCUGGACUUGGGUCAAGUGUACGGCUCAGAGGAGAAGCUUGCCUUGUUCCUGCGUGAUACAGAAAAUGAAGGAGGGCUGAUGCGGGUCAACACUGAGUUUAGAGAUAAUGGCAGAGAACUGCUGCCUUUCACCGGCCUGGAGAUGAACAUGUGCGCCACACGUAAACGAAUCACUAAUGACACCAAUGCCAAGGAGGUGCCCUGCUUCAUCGCAGGUGACGUGCGAGUGGAUGAGAACAUAGCUCUGACUCCACUUCACACACUUUUCUUGAGAGAGCACAACCGUGUAGCUCGAGCUCUGAAGAGGAUAAAUCCCCAGUGGGACAAUGAGACGCUGUAUCAGGAGUCCCGUAAAAUCCUGGGAGCAUACACACAGUCGUUCACAUGUCUGCUGGCCUUCGAUAUUUGUGUUUAG